AUGAAAUCUUCAUAUCUCUAUAGUCAUUUUUUGUAUGUUCCACAAAACUUUACAAAAAACUAUAUGAAGAAAGAGAACAAUGAUAUUCUUCUACAACUAAUGGAUGGAAGAACUUGGGAUGCAAAAUUUUAUUUUGGAAAAAUUAAAGGUGGAUGGAAGAAAUUUGCAGCUGACAAUAAGUUGAAAAAAGGUGAUGUGUGUGUUUUUGAGUUGACCAAAAACAAAGAGAUUACUUUAAAAGUAUUAAUAUUUCGACUUGAAAACGAGUCGCAUCCAACUCUUCCUCAAGAACUGAUUCAAAGAGAAAAGGAUCGUGUGAAAGAGAAAAAUACAAGCCGAUCAAAGAUGUAUAAGCCAUUGAUGGGAAGAUCAAAGCAAACAACAGAGAUUGUUGAACUAUAUGAUGUUCCGAAUGCGAGGGAGGUGUUAAUAGAAUUGUAUGGUAAGAUACUUCAUGAGAUCCAAAAGGUUCCAAAAGAUCAUGGGUAUCGUAAAGCCGUUGAAAGAAUUAUAAAUGAAAAACUCAUGGUUUGUCAAGAAGAAGAAGAUUUGAAGAAAAUUGAGAGUCGUCUUGGAUGUGGUCAAAUUGAAGAACUCAUUGAAGAGGCUAAGGAUGAAUUGAAACUAAUUGACUAUAUGAUUAAGUAG